ACUCAAAAGUAGCAUAUGUUUCUCCUGAACAAUUUUUAAAACGCGUCAAAAAAAAAAGAACUUCCAUAAAGUUCCAUAAAUUUCGCAAAUCUCAGAGGUUCAAACACAGUUGUAAAUUACUACUACUUCGUUAUUGUUUAUUCUCACACAACACCAGUUCCAAGUAAUAAUAAUAACUCUCUCUUAUAAAUAUCACUAACUCAUUCUUUCACCUCUCAACAACCUCGACGGCAACCAUCGCGUUCAUUUUCUUCUAAUCAGAUAUUAGUAUUUAAUUAGGAUUUGGAAGUGGCGAAAGGGGAGAAAUGAAAUUCGGGUGCACGUUUACGGAGUAUCUGCAAGAGGAGCGGGAGUGGUUGAUGGAUGAGAAUUGUGCGCAUAUUAAAUAUGACAGGUUGAAAAACGUUUUGAAGAGUUGUCAGAAUUACAAAGAUGGUUCUUCUGAUGAUCAUCAUCAAUCAUGUGAAUGUCAAUCUUGUCCAGUAUGCGAUCAGAAGUUCUUCUCAGAGUUGAUGAAGGAAGCAUCAGAUAUAGCAGGAUACUUCAGUUCAAGAGUUCAACAUCUCCUAAAUCUUCAUAUUGCAAAAGGGCUUCAAAGAUAUGUAUUGCGUUUGCGCCAGUGUUUUAAAAAUGAUAUGGGAGCCCUUGACCAAGAAGGGAGAAUUCUAAUUGAGUAUAUUUCCAUGAAUGCAAUUGCAAUGAGGAAAAUACUUAAGAAAUAUGAUAAAGUGCACAGCUCUAUGAAUGGGGAGAACUUCAAAUCUAAGAUGCAUGCUGAGCAUAUUGAACUUUUACAUUCACCUUGGCUGAUUGAAUUGGGUGCUUUUUAUCUGAAUACAAGUGGACUAGAUGGUUGCGAGCUUGAAGGAAUCCGUGGUCGCUUUUCGUGUAGUUUUAAUGUUACUAAUGCUGUAAUGACAUUGACUCUUCCAGAUUCUGUUAAGCUUGAGUAUCAUCUAACUUGUGCAAUUUGCCUGGACUUUGUUUUUAAUCCAUAUGCAUUGGGUUGUGGCCACAUCUUCUGCAAGUCGUGUGCUUGCUCUGCUGCAUCUGUGAUGAUUUUUCAAGGCCUUAAAGCUGCAACUCCAGAGUCAAAGUGUCCUAUAUGCAGAGAGCGAGGAGUUUAUUCCAAAUCAGUCCGAAUGUCAGAACUCAAUCUUCUUAUGAAAAGAAGAUGCAACGAUUAUUGGAAAGAGAGGCUAGCUAGGGAAAGAGUCGUCGCUUUGAAGCAGUCAAAGGAAUACUGGAAUUUGCAGUCUACAUAUGCAGUUGGAUUGCUGUAGGUUUUGUUAUGAUUUGUCCAUUGAAAUAUUUUUUACAGGAGUGUAGCAACUAGAAACUGGUUUUUUAUCAAAGAGAGAAAUGGCAAAUAAAUCUGAGAACUUGGGGAACUUAGUACCAUUUUCAGCGUUAAAAAUGAGUAUGUAUCAACAUUAUAACGCUUGAGAGAAAUAUCAAGAGAGGAGAUUUAAGGUUAGCCUUCGAAGCAGAUGGCGUGAUUGAGAGAAAAAUAUCGAACAUUGAACAUUUCUUGUUCCCCAAGACAUUGGCUCAUUUUGAAUCUUGGAUAUGUACAAGGUUGAAAAUGUAAUCAACCUUCACUGUUUAUUUCAUAGUAUGCUCCUAAUUCCAAACUUGUAACAAAUUCUACAUGUCCCUGCUAUUACUAUGAAUCUGUUAUUUGUCUAAGUUUUCCAAA